GUGGAUCUGGAGAAGUUCCAGUUCCAUAGGGCUGCGACCCCCGGGGAGCCCGGCCGCACUGCUGUGGGGUCGCGGAGUGCUGUGCUGGGUUCCCCAACGCCGUUCCCACCGCGGGAUGCUCUGAGCACAGCAGGUGGUGAGGAAGAAAUAUACGACGAUGUUGAGAGCGUUGAGCUGCUCAGGAGAGACCGAAGCUUUCCGCCGCCCCCCACGUUCCGGCCGCCAGCACAUCUCCACCCCAGAGGAGGUGGGGGCAGAGCGGGGGGAGGUGCUGCUCGGGCCCCCAGCACGGUUGCACUGCUGGUUGCUGCACAAAGAGUUGCUCAGAACUCCUGGAAGACGAAGCCAAUGACACUCAAGGAAUGUAAGAAGGAAGAGAAAGCAGACAGGGAGUUUCAAAAGAAAUUCAAGUUCGAAGGGAACAUCACUGUCCUGACCCAGAUGAUGGUUGACCCCGCGACGACGGAGAAGAGGGGCGGGGGAAACCUUCCACUCAGACGGGGCGAGAUCCUGGACGUCAUUCAGUUCACCAACAAGGAGCAGAUCCUUUGCAGGAACAGCCAGCGGAGGUACGGUUAUGUGCCCCGGGCUGUGAUGCUGCACCUGGACAGAGACAUCUACGACGAUGUUGAUCUGUACGAAUGACCGGGAGCACCACCAGACCCCAAAGGCUGAAGCUCCGACGCUGGAGGGGCUGCGAGGGUCGGCCCUGCAGAGCAGAGGUUUGGGAAGGUCCUUCAGAUGGAGCCCCGCGGCGCUUUGUUUGAUUUGUGUGAAAUGUGGCACUGAUUUGUGUGGUCCAGCUGUGUUUUUUGGCUG